AUGAGCGGCCGCUCCGAUGAUGUCUCCUCUCUCCGCGCUCCUAUGGCAGUCGGGCUUGCUCCGUGGGCGUGGGCCGGUGACGUCACUCCCACGCCCAGUUUACAAGUGGACGCAGCUUUCGCGACCGGAGAUUUGUUGCUAACAAUUUUUAGUUACUGGGACGGCACAAAUUUGCAUUCGCCAGCGGCAAGAGCGGGCGACGGAGGCCUUUGUAAAAGUCAUCCACACAGUUCAGUCUCCAAUCUCACGAGGCCGCUGCGCUACGGAUACAUAUCCGUAGCGCAGCGGCACUUAGCCUCGGUGGCCACGUGCGGCGCUCUCUUGGAGCGAACGCACACGCGCGGUUUCACAUCGGAACACCGACGCGCAACCUUGUCUUACCUCACUACUGAUAGAGGGAGAGGGAGCAUGACACAUAUCAGCCGACAGCCACACCUCUCCCGU